AUGGCAUCAGCGUCUCCUCGAAAGAAAGUUGCCAUCAUAGGUGCCGGAGCAGCAGGCAUGUCCUGCGCCUCCACCCUAUCCCAACACCCAGACAAAUUCGAAAUCCACCUCUUCGACUCGGCCCCCCAUGCCGGCGGCCAAGCGACCUCUAUCCCCCUCCCUGCCAACCACGGCGCAACCUGGCUCAACGACGGCGUCCAAGGCGGCUCAUCCAUAUUCCGGCACACAUUCAACUUCUUCCGACGCUACGGAUACGAGCCUCAACCCGUACAACUCCAAGUAUCCUUCGGCAAAGGUCCCGACAGCUUCUUCACCAACAUGUUUCCUUCCCCCCUCGUGGACAGAUACUCCGCCGAGAUCGAGAAACUCGGCCGCGUGCUGAAGUGGAUUAAGCGGUUGAUGCCACUCCUGGGUAUACUGCCUAUCAAGAUUGUACUUCGGCUGUUCAGGUUCAGUGCAGAGUUCGGAAGUAAGAUGGUUCUUCCGCUCAUUGCACUGUUCUUGGGCACGGGGAACCAGACGCCGAAUGUGUCGAGUGUGUUAUUGGAGAGGCUCUUUGAUGAUCCGCAGAUGAGGUUGUGGGAUUUUGAUCCCGAUAUGUUGUUGCCGAAUCGGCCGGAGAUGUUUACCUUUCCCGAGUUGGGGAGGUUUUAUGGCGAUUGGGUGGCGGAUUUGGGGGAGAAUAAGGGGGUGAGGGUGAGGUUGGGGACCGAGGUGGAGAUAUUGAGGAGGGAUGCUAAGAAGGGGGUGGAUUUGAGGGUUUGGGAUAGGGGUGAGGGUGGGGAGAGAAGGUGGGAGGGGGUGAUGCAUGAUGAACAUUUUGAUGAGCUUGUGCUGUGUGUGCCGGCUGAUGAGGCGAAGAAGUUGCUAGGUAGGCAUGCGACGUGGAGGGAGAAGUAUGUGCUCGGGGGUGUGAGGUUCUACGAUGAUGUUACGGUCACGCAUAGCGAUGCGGACUACUUCAAUAGUAUCUUCGAAACGAGGUAUAAGAGUGAUCUGUGCGGGAAGGCGUCGAGCGAGGCGCGCAACGAGCAGAUCUCGUUCGCGAAGCAGACACCGCGGUGUCGGAAGGACGGGUGGGAUGGGUUUGCGCCUAUGUACUAUACGCAUUCGUAUGAGCAGGAUCCGCAGAAGAUUGAGAUGGGCUUCGAUUGUUCGAAUUAUCAGCAUCAGUUCCGGGAGGCGUUGGGGGAGGGGGCGCUGUCGUUGGAGCCAGAUCGGCAUGUUUAUCAGACCAUCUUUCUGAAUAAACAGGAGUCGGAUCUAUGGACGUGGGAAAGCAUCGACAAGGACAAGAUCAUUGCGAAGAAAUGGUGGCAUCAAUUCGGACAUAAUUGGCAGCAUUAUAUACGUGUGGUGCCGGGGAUGAUGUUCAUUAAUGGGAAAAAUCGGACGUUGUAUGCGGGGAGUUGGACGAUGGUGAACAUGCAUGAGAUAGCUUGUAUAUCGGGCAUUGCGGCUGCGUAUCGACUUGGGGCGAGAUAUGUGCCAUUAGAUGAUUUUGCGGAGGAUUUCUUUGCUAAGUAUUUGCUUGUGAGCCAUGGGAAGAGGUAUAAGAGAUAA